UUCCUCUUCUUUUGUGCUGGGAUAGGCACUGGCGGUGGUGUUUUCCAGAUCCACAGCGCUGCUGCUCCGCCUUUCCCUCCCUCCCUCCUUCCGCUCCGCUUCUUCUUGUCCUCUCCGUGGCUAGUAAUCACUCUGUGAUUCAAAUACCCUACUACCCCUCGUACCGCGGCUCCGCCCACCCGCGACGCACCACACCCAACAUACCCAAACCAUCAUGUCGGCGCACUCUGGUUCUUCUGCUGCCAACAUAGUUGGAAUCCAUUACCGUGUUGGAAAGAAGAUUGGAGAGGGAUCGUUUGGUGUUAUCUUCGAGGGGACCAAUCUCCUCAACUCCCAGACAGUAGCCAUCAAAUUCGUGCGUGAUGGCCUCCUUGUAGUCGGCCUGCCGUGUAGCUCAGAUGAACUCCAGGAACCUCGCAAAGCUGAAGCGCCUCAACUCCGUGAUGAGUGUCGCUCCUACCGUAUCCUUGCUGGUUGCACUGGCAUACCCCAGAUUUACCACUUUGGCCAGGAGGGAUUGCACAAUAUCCUCGUCAUCGACCUGCUAGGGCCCAGUUUGGAAGACCUAUUCGAUAUGUGCGGACGUAAAUUCUCCAUCAAGACCCUCUUCCGCGUGCAAACCAUUCAUGAGAAGAAUCUAAUUUACCGGGACAUCAAGCCAGAUAACUUCCUCAUUGGCCGACCGGGGACGAAGGGUUCUAACAUCGUUCAUGUUGUCGACUUCGGUAUGGCGAAGCAGUACCGUGACCCCAAGACGAAGCAGCACAUUCCCUAUCGCGAACGCAAGAGUCUGAGCGGUACCGCUCGGUACAUGAGCAUCAACACCCAUCUCGGACGAGAACAAUCCCGGCGAGACGAUCUUGAGGCUCUUGGACAUGUGUUCAUGUACUUUUUGCGUGGCAGCCUUCCUUGGCAAGGCCUCAAGGCUGCGACCAAUAAGCAGAAGUACGAGAAGAUCGGAGAGAAGAAACAAACUACACCUAUCAAGGAGCUGUGCGACGGAUUUCCGGAGGAAUUUGGGAUCUAUCUGAACUACGUGCGCAAGCUUGGAUUCGAGGAGACUCCAGACUACGAUUUCCUGCGAGAGUUGUUUUCAAAGGUGUUGAAGAACAACAAUGAUGCGGAUGAUGGGGUCUAUGACUGGAACCUACUGAACGGUGGAAGAGGGUGGGAAGCUUCUCUCGGCCAGAGCCAGAUCCUGCAGCAGGUCCAGAACGCAGGCCUGGUCACCGGCAAUGAGCCUCGGCGACGUGAACAGCGUGAUUCUGAUCAACGGCGGCGAUCAUCGCAGCAGGGUGCAGGUGUUGCACCUCCGUCGCCCGCACUCGUCCGACACGGCUCGAAGCAGCGCAAGGUUCCCAGUGCUUUGACACCGGGGCAGACUGGGGCGCGGGGCACACCACAACAUCCAUAUGCCAAUGCCGGAUACAGCGGAGAGGAUUUCGGAAACUCUCAGCAGCAGCAGCCGCAGCAGUACGGCAGGGCAUCGCCGAUGAUGUCGUCAACAGCACCUCCCGCGGUCAGCACGGUUCGUGCACAGGGUGGUGAUGUCGGACUUUCGCAGGAUCAGGACGAGCCGCCAAAGUCAUCGCUGAUACGGAUCCUCACGUGCCGCUGUGGGUGAGUGUGUGUGGUGAUUUCUCCAUUCUUCACGAUGUUACGAACGUUAUGCUGUCUCCAUUUGCCAUAAUUCUUCUUUCUUUGCCGUGUCACUUUGGUAAAUUACUCGAGGAUUUGAAUACAGAGUUGGUUUACUCGUCCGCAUGAUGGAUACAAACUCAGUCCCAGUCCCCGCGCUCCUCAUAUCCGUCGGCGGGCGAGCUUUCAGGCUGAUAGCUCGUUCUGCUUCGGAGACUCGGUGAGUGGACAGGCUCUGUCUGAGGCCAGGACGCCCGUUCCAGUCUUUGUGGGGUCACGUGCUGACCCUGGGACCCAUGCUCGAAAUGUCGAUGCUGCCGAUGGUGUCCGGGUUGGUACACUCUCCCGCGCGUAUAACCACGGCCACGACUGGCCCUCGAUGGUGGUGACGAGACAUCCAUCAUGGGAGGGUAACCGGGUCUCGGCCGUCGUGGCGGUCCAUGCUGAAGGGCAGACGAAACACCAGCGGUGAUGCUGUAUGCCAGAUUGGGUAAGUUGCGCAACUCCUUCAGCUCCUCGAGUGCUCGUUGGUGCUCGUCGUAGAGCUCCUCGUAUGCAUUUUUCAAGGCUGCAAGAUCGUCCCCUUUGCCAGUCGGUUCGCUCCACCCGGUCACGGAACUGGACGAUGCCUGCGCCGGUUCGACUUGGAGCCGUUUGCUGGAAGUGCCAUGUGUUGUGGCGGCUUUUCGCUUACGAUACGACUUGUCGUAUCUUUCUGGCGUGUCUUGGCGGUUCUCCACGGACUGGUCCGGCGCAUCUUGCCGGUUCGGCAUGUUGUAUCUAUCUGGAGUGUCGUAACGGUUCGGCGUGGCUCGUCCAUUGUACGCGUUGUUUUGGAGAGAUGCCUCGUUGCACGCAUCGACUAGAGAUCUAUCAUGCCUCUGGAAAUGCAGAUUGGUAUUGACUUUUUUCCGAAUAACCGGGGCUGCGGGCGCCAGCCCAUGCCCAGCCUUGCUGUCGACUGAUCGGUCAACUGAAAUGUCUGCGGCAGGCUCGAAUCGCUCCCGAGACCGUUCUUCUCUAGGCGGCAGCUGACGUGGGUGAGACAUCAAUUAACUACUCACAACAGAUAGAGCCUCACCCGAUCCUUGAGGAGCACCUGAUCCCUCUCUUUCAAGGAGACCCUCCACGAUGAGGUCUUUUUCGGUGCUGGCGGCACUGGAGGAAUCAGCACGUAGUCCAUGAUCCAGCGGCCGAUAGGCGGCGAGGUCUUGUCCAGCAAAAAUGCCUUCACUGACACAGAACUAUCGACCGGCGACAAGGCUUUGAUUGGCGAGGACGUCUCGACCGGCGAAGGGUUCUCGACUGGGGCAGCCAGGGGCAGCGUGACAGGAGAGUUCAUAGAUUUAAUGAGAGGAUGGAUGUCAGAGACCUCCUCGUCCGGUGUCUGAGAUUCAUAGGUUAACCGCAAUCCUCCCACGGAAUGUGCCAGGGACCGACCGACCUCGGAGAUAUCCCAAUACCCCAGAUCAUAAAACCCGAUCUUCGUUCCUUUUGGAUUCACAGGCCGUGGAUCUGGAUACUUUGUCGCCAGAUAGACCAGUUGCUCCCACGGCCUCGGCGGACAAGCAGGAUCUUCUUUUCUUACUUUCUUCAGCUCGACGCCAUCUUUUUUCCUCUGCUUGCUGGCCUUGUGGACAUUAUGGUAAUGUGUGCGGGUCAAGUCUUUCCCAAACUCCUGGAGCGCCUCGCCGGAGUGGAGGUUUAAAUCCCACAGCAGAUGGGCGAAACAUGUCCCCGCGUGACAUUUGACGCAGGCCAAGUUUUCGAUCCGGGGCACCUUGUGGGUUCGACUCCGAUCUGCUGAGGGCCGGCAACUUCGUUCCUCGUCAUUAACCUGGGUCAAAUCUCAGAACAGCGUCCAUGUAGAGAAGGAAAACGUACUGCAAGCCGCCGUUGCUGCAACAAAAGAGCGCCGCGGAAGAGGGCGUUCUCCUCCUGGGACAACAGUCCCGCCUCGCAAUCAAAUUCCAAAUCGGAGUCGAGCAAAGAAUCUGCGGCCUGCUGCCUCACUCGCAUCAGCUCAUCGAACGGUCGGAUCUGCUUGGCUAUCAUCGCAUCUCCGCACUUGCAUAUACGGCCCUCCAGAUAACAACCCGGGCAGAUGACGACAUUGCAGGCUUCGCCACACUCGAAGAAGCUCUGGAAAAUGUCCAGUCCGCAGAAAUCACAGGAAAGAGAUCCCUGAUGCAGGGGCAUUUCAGCAUGUCGAGGCGAGUAUUCUUCGACAAUGAUAGAGUCCAGCAGUGGAAGCAGCGCCGCGGUCGUCCCUGUCCUCGUCUCCGAGAUGCUUCUCUUGAGUGUGUGAUAGAUUGUCGACUUGACCCGGUAAACCUCGUAACGACAGACUCGUCGAUACAAGGGAAGCUCAAAACGCAGCCCGAGUGUCAGUCCGCGAAGGGUCAUCCUCGACCAUGAGGUCUUAAUCGUGAGGCCGCCGGAGUUGACGACUUGGUGCGCCGAUCGGGGUGGCACGAACACGAGAUCACCCAGUUUCUGCUGUGUCACGUAGAUCGGGAACGGCGCUUUGCUGAGCUCUUUGAGGGAGGUUACAUGUGAUUCGUGGUCCAGAUCUUGCAGCAGCUUGUCCUUGAAGUAUUCGGCAACUGCGAGGGCGUCCGAUGUGUCCGUCAUGAACCAGAACGACGACCCGUCGUUUUCCGUGUAGCACAUGAGGUUUUGACCGGACGAAGCACAGAGGUCUUUGUGGCAUGGAGUGAAUGUGUCUCCGAUCCCAAGAUAACACAUGAGCGUUUCCGGUUGGUCCUGGGCGCCAAGAAAGCUCAAAGAGAUACACGAGAGAAGGAGUCAACAAUGCUUACGUCUUCAGGCAGGUUAUUCAACAGGUUGGAUGACGCGCCAGGAGUCAUCUCGGCGGGCACGACUCCGCCCUGGAGCAGGAACGUUUCCCACUCUGCAGGACACCUGACAUCUUUGCCGUAGAGACGCUCUGCCUCUAUUCCAGUCAGCAGGGCGUUUUCGUUUGCCAUGUUAGACACGCGCACCUCCCUCUGUCGCGAAGCACGGGGCACGUCGCGCGCCUCGCACAAACUCGUCCAUCCUCAUGUUGCUGUCAAUCCGACUAUGCACGUUCCGAACGCUGAUGUCUGCGUCAAACGCAAUGAGGACCCUUGCUAGCAGAAUCGCUCUCAAGCUCACUCUCUUCUCCGCGUUCGACCAUCAACCAUUCAGGUGUGAAGUCCUGCGACCAACCAGGCAAUCGAUGCAACCCCUCAACUACGAACGGUUUGCCGUCGGUCUCGAGUUUCUCAUCCUGAAUCUGUUGAUAGAUGGACUUGGACGCGCUCGCCGUAGCUUGGAUGCGGGGGAUAUGCCUGAAAUUCCGGUGGUCUGCGAUGAGGUUAUCGAGUGUCCAGCCAUCGCAAGAGAAUGUUCGCGGUGUUGUGCGCUCCCUCUUGCGCGCAGUGGGCGGAUUCAUGAUGGCUCGGUCCCAGCGCUCUGAUCCUUCAACGCGGUUGCAUUGGCAGAGAACGAAGUCUGCGUCGGGGGGAAUCAGGGGCGGUGGUGCACGUGCUGCGGAGUGAGUCUCCGGCCGCCGGACCGGGCCGACGCUGUUAUUUCGGGAAGCGGCGAGAAUGGCGGGGGUGUUGAGGGAUCCGGGGGCAUCUCCCCACUUGAAUGUGUUGCGA